UUUGAAAUGCCUAAUAUUGAAAUAUCACCUUCAAUUUCCAAUAUUUUUGCUGAUAAUCUGUGUGGAGACAACCAAUUCACAGAUGAAAUAAAUUCCACACUUAAAAAAGCAGUAGGAAAGGGGUGUAAAGUUCCUCCACCAAAUGUUGUCAUUUUGGAGGCUGGACCAGCACCAAACACCAAUCUUGCGACGCAUAAAGCCUGUGAAAUGUAUAUAGAGAACUUAGAAUUAAAUCAAGGAGAAUCUUUGGACAUUGCUUCAUUAGUAGAUAUUGAAAAUGGAAAUAAUAAUAUUUUGAAAGUUUGGACCUUAUAUUACAAAUGGGCGAGUUGGCUUAAGCUUUAUAAAAUUGGUAUUCGGAUGGGUAAUUUCGAGGUUCAACACGAACACCUGAAAGCUUUUACACCAUUAUUUCCUAUCACCGGAAAAAGCAGAUACGCAGUAUCAGUACCACGUUUUUUAAUGACAAUAGAAACAAACCCAACUCUGAAAGCAAGACUUCAGGCAGCUGG